UGGACCCACAGAGAAGCUGCGUGGAAGGAACUGUGAAUCUGCCAGCACCUACCGGAACAGCACGAAACCCAGAGAACCGGAAGCAGAGAGUGCAGGAGGCAGAAGUGAUGAGAGCAGCGGGCGUCCAUGGAGCUCAGCUGAGCCAGACCAGGAGAGGCUGCCACGGAGGGAGCCUGGUUGCACCCAGUUAGAGCAGAAACAGGGCUGAGGGCUCGGACCAUAAGCCCUCAGAUUCUCACUGUUCCUUUCAGCUGGUGACUGACUGUGUGACCGUGGGCGGUCACCUAAUCUUGCCGGUAAGGGCCUCAGUUUCCUCAUCUGUAGAAUGGCGUUGGAAAGGCAUGGCUGGGAGGUCUCAGAUAAAGCAGAGUGCUGUGUGAACGCUCUGGGUUUGCAGACAGAGUGGAUGUUCCUAGUGCAUUGCACUCAUUUUCCCUCGCCCAACAUAAGCUCAUGACCUCCGCCAUCGUUCCCAAACAAGCAGGAAGCUUCACACUGAUGCCUGAUCCACAAUUCCCAAAGCGCCUUCAGGGCCACCAUCUCUUGCGAGCCUCGCAGCAUCCACGAGGGGGCAGCACAGGACUAACAUCGCCCCACGGCCUGACGGGCUGCCGGAAGCAAGUGCAAUAAUGGUGGGGGUGGCCCCCAGGAGCCCCAGCUUUGCUCCCUCCCACUCCCCCACCCUGUGCGGAGGACUCCGGCCUUGGGGUAGGGGGCUGCUGAACUGGGCGUGGCAUCUAGUCAGGAACUCUCUGCCCCCCAGCCCUAGGGCUCAGAUCACACACACACACACACACACACACACACACACACACACACACACGGGGCCCGCCCCUUUCCUAGGAGCUGUCCGUUUCCAGGACAACAGUCAACACAGGCGGGAGUUCAAAACGAAACUGGGCUCAAAUGCUCUCCCCAGCCCGGAGAGCCCUGUCCCCAUCCGCCACUCUGAGCUCGAGGCCUAAAGGGACAGUGAGGAGGACCCUGCCCAGGCUCUCCCGGGGUUAGGAGGGACAGAGUGUUCCAGGAGGAGGUUUGAGCUGAGCUCAGGCACAGGUCUCUCUCUCUUGCUCUCUGACACAAGCACACACACACUUGCACCCAUGGGGAGCCACCCCACCCCUGGGCUCCAGAGAACCACAUCAGCUGGGUACCGAUUGCCCCCCACCAGGCCGCCAGCCUCGGUCUCCCCAGCUGCCCGGGGUGGCCCUAUGGCCAGCAGGGGUCUUGCUGGUGGCUGCCAGGCCCCCCAGGCUCUGAAGGCGCAGCGGGUGGCUCAGGGAGCUGCCUGCGAUGGCGUGCAGCAGGACCAGCUGUGGCGGGAGCUCCUGGAGGCCGAGCGGCGGGGCCAGCAGCGCUGGAUUCAGAACUGGAGUUUCCUGAAAGACUAUGACCCAAUGGGCAACAAGAAGGAGCCUGAGAAGUUGCCAGACCAUGUGCCUCUCUUUUCGGACACAGUUCCCAGUUCCACGAAGCAGGCUGUGGGCAGCAGGCUGGACACGCCCCUGGGACAGACUCUCAUCCGCAUGGACUUCUUCUUCACAGAGGGGGCCCAGAAGAAGAAGCUGGAGGAUGAGAUGCAGCCCAUCUAGGAGCAAGGAGGGCUGGGCUGGCCUUCCCCAGACAGAGUCUCACACUGUCGCCUAGGCUGGAGUGCAACAGUGUGAUCUUGGCUCACCGCAACCUCCGCCUCCUAGGUCCAGGCAAUUCUCCUGCUUCUGCCUCCUGAGUAGCUGGGAUUACAGGCAUGUGCCGCCAUGUCUGGCUAACUUUUUGUAUUUUUAGUAGAGACGGGGUUUCUCCAUGUUGGUCAGGCUGGUCUCAAACUCCCAACUUCAGGUGAUCCGCCUGCCUCAGCCUCCCAAAGUGCUGGGAUUACAGGUGUGAGCCACUGCGCCCGGCCAUGCCUGGCUAAUUUUUAAAAUUUUAUGUAGAGAUAGGGUCUCACUAUGUUGACCAGGCUGGUCUUGAACUUUUGGGCUCAAAUGAUCCUCCCACCUUGGCCUCCCAAAGCACUGGGAUUACAGGCAUCUGGUUUCACUUCCUCCACCUUUUAAGGACCCUUGUGAUUAUAUCACAACCUGUAUAUUUAAGCAAAAAAAUGCAGAAAAGGCUUAGUUCCUCUUUGUUGGUUAAAACACAAAUGGAUUCAUUCUUUCAAA